AAAUGUAUUGAAGUUGUUUUAAACAGAUCGACUUUUACUGUUGAUCCUGAAGAGAAACAAAUCCAUCCAGAUCUGAAUGUUCGGUGUUGUUGUCAGGAUUUUAAUUAUUUGUAUUUUAAGGAGAAAAUUCCUAAAGGAGAGUUGGAAAGGACGUCAUUUACACCAGCUCAAAGGUUGAACAUUGAUUUUUUUUUUAUGACAAGUAAAAAAAGAGCACACACCAAAGAGGUUGUUAGUUCUCAGAGUUGAUCGCUUGAAGAUGAGUGCUGCUCAGAGUUCCUCCCUGGAGGAGUCCAAACUGGAGGACCUGGAGUGUCACUUCACCUGGGAUCUGAACGCCAGCAGGUCCAAGCUCUGCUUCAUCAGGGACUCACUGGAGGACAUCGGUGUAGAGGGUGGGUCUAGCUGGCUGGGUCACAUCUACAACCUGCAGGGGUUUGUUCAUUACCAGCUGGGCUGUGAGGAGAAAGCCUUGAGAUUCUUGUGCAGAGCCACUGAGGCCUUCAGCCAAAUGAGGAACACUGUGUCUGAUGACGGUCCCUGGUUGGUGGUAAAUUAUGGCAACCUGGCCUACGUGCACCAUCUUCUGGGGGAUCGAUCAAAGAGCCAGGAUUACCUCAGUAAGGUGGACGUUCUGCUGAACGCACACCCUUCUCCUAACCAGGAGGAGCUGCACCCAGAGGUCUGUGCAGAAAAGGCCUGGACCCUGAUGUGGUUUGACAAAGGGCAGCUAGCAACAGAAUACUUCCACAGAGCUGUCAGGAUGCAGCCAGACAUGGUGGAAUGGCAGACCGGCCGCGUUUUGGGACUAGUUAAUGGCUAUAAGCACAGAAUGGAAAGUCUGGGAGUCGACAUUUUGGAGAAAAUGAAAAUUGCCAAAGAGCACGACCCACAGAACUUGCACCUUGCAGCUCUUUACCUGCACGCACGGGGUGCAAAAGGCCAACAUAUUGAAGAUGAAGCCAGAGGACUGGCCAGAAAAAUCUUGAGCAAGCCAGACAGCAGCUACAGUGGCCUUGACCCAUUACUGAGGCUGUUCAGAAAGUACAUAUGCAUGGAUGAGGCCAUCGAUUUAGCAGAAGAGGCUUUGCAAAGGCAACCUGACUCACGAUACAUAAAAAGGUGUGCAGCAAUCUGCUACAGAAGGAGGAUAUUUGUCCAGAAAAGCUCUCCCGACCCCAAAAUUCUCGACAGAGGGAUCAGUGUGUGCGAGGACGUGGUUGCUCUUUACCCCGAAUCCUCGCUGAAAAUGCAAAUAUCAAUUGCAGAAAUAUAUGCAAAGUUUAACCAAGUAAGAGCUGAGGAGAUUUUCAGGGAGCUGCUAGAAAAGGAUCUGGAUCCUGAAGGCUCACAAAUGCUUUUCAGCAUCUACGCAAGACACUUGUUCUUCAAAAAGCAAGAGGAUGAGUCGAUACAUUACCACAAGAAAGCAGCACUGGUUCCAACCACUACAUAUUUUCGCAAGAAAAGCAUCAACCAAUUGGAGAAGAUUGCAGAACGACGGCACCCAAGGUCCCGAGAAAUACACGAGUUUCUGCAAAACCUGCAUGGUCCUAGUUUCUGAGUCAUAGUUUCAUGACUCAGGAGUCAAAGAAACUGGGCAGCAUUUUGUAAAAUUGCACAUAAAUGUGCCAAAACAUAUUUUGAAAUUUCUAGCCAAAAACCAAAUGUACGGAGAACAAACUUUUACAAAGUCUCUUAUGUUUAGAAAUAAGAGGCCACAUUUUGCAACUUGCUUUUGUUGAAGCUUUUUUUAAGAUUAAAUCAUGAUGAACAAAAACA